UGUUAUUAGAAGUGGACCAUAUCAGCUAUACCUAACCUUCAGAGUUCAAAGUCCUGGCUGUGUGAAGUUGAUACAAAAAAACAGGAGAAAAAAUGUCGAAAGGUCACGGAGAAUAAAUGGCGGAAUAGUUGAGUCUUUAUACUUUAUAGUAUCUCACAAUCUCAAAAGCCCUCUCUUAGCUUUUUCUUUUGUUACUUUUUCCACAAAUCGCAUCUCGGUCCAGAACUCCUACCUCUCCCUUGCUUGCUAGUGCAGUAGUGCUACGCAAACAAUAUGUCAAUUGAGAUAGGAGGCUCUUCAACUGCUUAUGGAGACGAAACUGCUUAUGGAGAUGAAAAUUUGGAAAAUAACAUCAGAACAAUGUUUAAAACGGCGGAGCAAGAUAUCUCAAUAAGGAGUUUGGGUUUGAUCAGUGUUCCAGUUCACCUUCGCAAACUGGAUGAGCAAGCCUUCACUCCUCUGCUUAUUUCAAUUGGCCCUAUUCACUGCUCCAAUGCAAAAUUACAAACCAUGAAAAAUUGUAAAGUACGGUUUUGUGAGUGUUUCAUUCAACGGGCUAAUAUAAACUUGCAGAAUUUGGUACACUCAAUAAGAGUGAGGGAAAAAGAAAUUCGCUCUUACUAUGCAGAGACUAUUUUGUCCAGCAUAAGCAGUGAUGAUUUUGUGACAAUGAUCCUGGUGGAUGGGAUGUUCAUUCUUGAGUACUUCUUGAGAGAAUCUAACCCAGAUUUAUGGGGGAACAAUCCUAUGAUAGCGGAAUGGAUGCCUCCAAUUUUGAAAUUGGACUUGGUAUUACUUGAAAAUCAGCUUCCCUUUUUUGUUUUAGAGAUGCUGUUCGAGCAAGCAAACUUUCCGGCUCAAUUAAGGUUAAAACCCCAUUCUUUAAAGGAACUCGCUUUUGAAUUCUUUCAAUGUUACAACUUUCAAAAGAUGAUCCCUCGUUUUCUUGGGCAAAUAGAACACUUCACAGAUCUGCUUAGAUUCUUUUAUGUAGGUGACAAAUUUCUGUUUAGAAGACCUGGAGGGGCUAAACUUUCAUACUCUGCAACCCAGCUACAUGAGGCAGGAGUCAAGUUUAAGGGAGUCGAGUUUGAUGAGAAGAAGGGGUUUUAUAGAGGGGAUAGACGCUUUCUUGACAUAUGUUUCGAUUUUAAGAAUGGGGUGUUGGAAAUCCCAUGCAUUAAGUUAAAUGAUGAGAAAAUACGUCUUAUUCGAAACAUUAUUGCAUUAGAGCAAUCCCAUUAUGUAGGGGACACAUAUGUUACAGAUUUCUUUGUCAUCUUGGAUUUCCUUAUCAAUACUUCCAAAGAUGUAGAUGUACUUUGUGAUAAGGGAAUCCUUGUUAAUUACCUUGGUGACAGCAACGUAGCAGCAUCAGCUGUCAACAAUCUUAACACUAAUAUCUUAUGGGAUUAUAUGAACUCUGAUUACUUGAAAAUAUGUGAAGAUUUGAAUGCAUUCUAUAAGAAACCUUGGCAUAGAUGGAGGGCAACGUUGUGGCGUCAAUAUUUUAGCACUCCUUGGAGAGCUGCUUCUACCUGUGCUGCUAUUAUCUUUCUGCUACUCACGGCCAUACAAACUGUAUGCUCUCUAAAGUCCACUAAGUGGUUAUAGAUAUGCAACAGUUCUGCUAAUCACUUUAGCCUUUGUUAUCUGUUAAUUAUCUUUUGUUUUUAGUUGUUACCCUUUUGAAUAAGGGUUUAUCCUUAUCAUUAAGAUUUUUGAGUGUGUUAGUGUUAGAUUUGGAUCAGAUAAAUAUAGUGCUUAUGAUCUAUAUCCAUUUAAUUAUCCUUUGAGUGCUGUAAUUCUAUUUAAGACUACAUGUUUUUCAAUAAUAAUUUUAUCUGAAAAUUUAUCAAAA